CUAAUUCAGUGAAGGAUGCCUGUAAUGAAAGGAAGCGGGCAAACCAUCCGGCCGCCUGCCCUUCUCAAUCAUGGCCGCUUCGGCUACCGCGUGAGGCGGAGAGAAAGGAACGGGGCGGAGGAGUCACGUGAAGGGAACAAGAUGGCUUCUUUUCCUUGGCACGCAAGAUCAAGAAACUAUGCACGUGAAUUUGAAUCAUGCAGACUGGAACCUGUGGCUGUGGAAUUUGGAGACUACCAUCCACUCAAACCCAUUACAGUUACAGAAUCUAAAACAAAGAAACUGGCACGCAAAGGAAGCUCUUCUUCUACAUCUUCCUCCUCCUCCAGUUCAAUGGUGGAUCCUCUGAGCAGUGUGUUGGAUGGCACAGAUCCCUUGUCAUUGUUUGCUGCCACGGCAGAUCCACUGCUGACCACGACCAUGGAAAGUGCCAGAAAGAAACGUGACAAAGAUGAGAAUUUAACUGUAGGAAGUGACUUUGAAUCUUGGUCAAGCAAACGAGGUGAAAUCCUUGCUCGGUACACUACAAACGAAAAGCUCUCCAUUAAUCUGUUCAUGGGAUCUGAAAAAGGAAAAGCAACAACUCCUGGAUCAGCAGUUUCUGAGAAAGUGAGGACAAGGCUGGAGGAGCUGGAUGAUCUUGAAGAGGGGUCACAGAAAGAACUGCUCAACUUGACUCAACAAGACUAUACAAAUCGGAUUGAAGAACUCAAUCAGUCUUUGAAAGAUGCGUGGGCCUCGGAUCAAAAAGUAAAAGCUUUGAAGAUAGUUAUUCAGUGUUCUAAACUUCUUUCAGACACAACUGUGAUUCAGUUCUAUCCAAGUAAAUUCGUCUUGAUAACAGACAUCCUUGACACAUUUGGAAGGCUGGUAUAUGAGAGAAUCUUUUCUAUGUGUACUGAUAAUCGCAGUUCCUUACCAGAAAAUUUUACUCCUGAAAAUGUCAAUGAUACUGCCAAAGAAACCUGUUUAAACUGGUUCUUCAAGAUUGCUUCCAUCCGAGAACUUAUUCCCAGAUGUUACGUCGAAGCAGCAAUCCUGAAGUGUAACAAAUUCCUUUCCAAAACGGGAAUUUCAGAGUGUCUGCCACGCCUGACCUCCAUGAUCCGAGGAAUUGGAGACCCCUUGGUUGCAGUCUAUGCUAGAGCUUAUCUCUGCAGGGUUGGAAUGGAAGUGGCUCCUCAACUGAAAGAGAGCCUGAACAAGAACUUUUUUGACUUCCUUCUAACCUUUAAACAAAUUCAUGGGGAUACUGUCCAAAACCAGCUGGUGGAGCAAUGUGUCGAGAUUCCAUUGUAUCUGACUCUUUAUUCUCCUGCGAUAGAUUGGAUUUUGCAAUGCAUCUCUUACCGAGCGGCAGAGGUUUUGCUGACCGAGAUGAUGGAAAGAUGCAAGAAGCUUGGCAAUAAUGCCUUGCUUUUGAAUUCAGUAAUGUCUGCCUUCAGAGCUGAAUUUAUUGCUGCAAGGUCCAUGGAUUUUAUUGCCAUGAUAAAGGAGUGUGAUGAAUCCGGCUUUCCCAAGCAUCUUCUCUUUCGUUCUUUGGGGAGCAACCUGGCCUUAGCGGAUCCACCCGAAAGUGAUCGGCUUCAGAUUUUAAAUGAAGCCUGGAAGGUUAUCACGAAGUUAAAGAACCCACAGGAUUAUAUCAACUGUGCAGAAAUCUGGGUGGAAUAUACCUGCAGGCAUUUCACGAAGCGUGAGGUCAAUACUAUUUUGGCAGAUAUCAUCAAACACAUGACCCCGGAUCGGGCCUUUGAAGAGGCCUAUCCCCAGCUUCAGUCAAUUGUUCAGAAGGUCAUCACCUAUUUCCAUGACUUCUCUGUGCUCUUUUCAUUGGAGAAAUUCCUGCCAUUCUUGGACAUGUUCCAGAAAGAAAGUGUGAGAGUGGAGGUUUGCAAGUGCAUCAUGGAAGCUUUUAUUAAGCACCAGCAAGAACCAACUAAAGACCCCGUCAUACUCAACGCCCUUCUACAUGUGUGCAAAACCAUGCAUGAUUCAGUGAAUGCGCUGACACUAGAAGAUGAAAAACGAAUGUUGGCUUCUUUGAUAAAUGGAUUUUUAAGAAUGGUUUCAUUUGGCCGUGACUUUGAGCAGCAGCUGAGUUUUUAUGUGGAGGCCCGAUCGAUGUUUUGCAACCUGGAACCUGUUCUUGUCCAGCUGAUUCAUAGCGUGAACCAGCUGGCGAUGGAAACAAGAAAAGUGAUGAAAGGCAAUCAUUCUAGAAAGACGGCUGCAUUUGUCAGGGCUUGUGUUGCCUUCUGCUUCAUUACAAUUCCGUCUCUGACAAGCAUCUUUGCUCGCCUUAAUCUGUACUUGCACUCUGGUCAGGUUGCAUUGGCAAAUCAGUGCCUUUCACAAGCGGAUGCCUUUUUCAAAGCCGCAAUAAGUCUGGUUCCUGAAGUGCCAAAGAUGAUCAAUAUUGAUGGGAAGAUGCGGCCCUCUGAAGCUUUCCUCCUGGAAUUCCUGUGCAAUUUUUUUUCGACAUUGCUAAUCAUUCCUGACCAUCCUGAGCAAGGUGUGUUGUUUCUUGUGCGAGGGCUGCUCAACGUCAUCCAAGACUACACUUGGGAAGAUAACAGUGAUGAUAAAGUCCGGAUUUACACCAAUGCCGUGCAUCUCCUGUCGGCAAUGGGUCAAGAAACCUACAUUUACCAUGUGAACAAAGUUGAGUCCAAUGAUACCUUGUACGGUGGAGAUACCAAAUUCCUGGCAGAAACAAACAAGCUGUGUGAAACAGUGAUAGCCCAGAUCCUGGAGCAUCUUAAGAGCCUUGGAAAGGAAGAGACUUUGAAACGUCAGAGCCAGCUGGCCCUCUACUUCUUCAACAGCCUCUUGGCCCAUGGAGAUCUGCGCAACAACAAGCUUAACCAGCUUGCUGUUAACCUGUGGAACCUGGCUCAAAAGCAUGGCUUUGCUGACACCAAAAUCAUGGUCAGAACCUUGGAAUACAUCCAGAGGCAAAGCAAACACCCAGAGUUGAGCCACUUUACAGAGCUGGCGCUACGCCUUCCCCUGCAGUCCAGGACCUGAUGAACAUUGAUAGUCCACUGGCGUCCAGUGUACUGGACGGCAGCUCUCCAAGUCCUGUAAAAUACGAGUGGCAUCUUAGCCUAUUAUUGCUGUUCAAUAUCUUUUUCGUUUUGAAACUUCCCUUGGCAUGUGACAGGUCUAUUUUCCAAAGAGAGGAGAAAAUUUAUCCUGCCAGUGCAAUGAUUUUUAAGUGAAGCUUUGUUUUCCACUGCAGAGUUGUUAACCCUUAAAGGGAGACUUAAAUUGCUAAUGUUGGGUCAGUCAAGAUGUAUUCUGUUAUUCCAAACUCUAAAUAACUUAAGACCAAUCUUGAUGAGGGCUUGGAGAAGGAAGAUAGGCAGCGAUCGCCUGCUGAUCCCACUGCUUUUGCAAGAUGGGCAUGUGUGUCUAAUAACAGGCAAUUGCUUAAAGUUUUCUCUAUUCACUUGAAAUCAGUUUGCUGAUGAUAUUAAACAUAAUAUAAAUGGAGAGAAAUGGAAA